AUGCUUCUGCUCCCCACUUUCAUCCAUGGCCUUGGCCUUCUUCUCGCGAUCACCGCGUCCUUCAAGUUCAACGUCGUUGCCCCUGGGGAUCUCGUCCAAUGGCUGCUCGCCCCCGCGCCACUGUACUCGGACCCGAAACUGUUCGAGGAAUAUGUGCAUCCGAUGCGCAGACUCGAUGUCGUGGACUAUUACUGGCAAGAGGACGACGCGCAACUGCGUAGGGUGCUCCCCCUGAUGGACAAGAUCGCCGUACUGUUCAAGGAGAUCGGGUACACGAACUACACUUGGGACUCGGACGUGGUCGCUGGGGCAUACACAUUCUCAUUUGAGCGACCUCGCCGAGUGUACGAGAACGACACGGACGACGACGACAAGGAUGGAAAGAAGGUGACCCCCGUUCAACACGCUGCGCCCGGGUGCACUUGUCUGGGCGAUUCUGUGAUCUCGCCCAGUGUGGAUCAACCCCAGACUCCUUCUCCCAUCACUGCAAGCUCAUCCACAGUUGUGGUCGUGCCUCGCCCGGCGCCUAACACAGCCACCCGCACCCUGGACGUCGAUUUGAUCAUCUCGCCCAGUGUGAAUCUUCUGGAUGGGCUUGUCUCCACUGCGACUGCCAUCAGUGCGUCUUCUCCCCACGCUGCAACUCAGAUGUCUGGGACCGCGUCCGUUACUCAAUCUGCGCCCUCAUCUCAACACACAUCUGAGCUCAAUCUUCUGGCUUCUUUGCUUCUUAUUGCUUGCUUCACCGUCUUCUGUAUCAUGUACCGACUGCGAAUGCUUGACUUCACUUGCUUGGCUGAGACAGACACUGCACCCACCACCACCCCUGUCCUCUCGUGCUCUCCUAGCUUGCAAGUCCAGGUGGCUGCGACGACGGCGGACGACGAUAAGACUCAAUGCAUGCUGGUUCUGGUCGGGCUCGCCUACCUUGCUCAAGUCGCCAAGGCUGGCUUCUUGAACGCACCCACGCACGAGAUCUGCAAUGAGGCUCACUCGUCUUCUUCGUUGACAGUGGUUGCGAAUGUACCUAGCGCUGCGGAUUUUGACGACCGCCGACCAAGUUUGUUGUUCCCAGAGAACGUGGGUCCAUGCUUCAUGGAGUUCGAUGAUCGAGAGUUUCUGGCCUCUUCAUCCAUGCCUCGCAUCGUCGAGCUCACGAGUAACGAUUCAGACCUGAGUGCAAGCUCAGACGAGGUCGAUGGCAUCGAGUUGCCCCCCUCAGAGUCCUGUAAGCAUUCAGCUCCCAACGACGAGAUUGAGAUUGCCUCUCUGGAGUCCCAGCAAGCUGCCAUUGAGCCUGCUAUAGCUGCACCGUUUGGAGUCCCCCAGCCCACUACUUUGCAAACCAUUCUUCCCAGUCAAAAAGCAAACCACUCUUCGCCGACGACAAGGGCCCCUCGAAGCUCCGUCAAGUCACGACUGCCAGUGCCGAUCUCGAAGCAGGGGAAGGCCCCGAUGUCCCGUCGUGCGCAUGAGCCGCAAGUCGUGCGGGAGACUGCUGCCGGUCGAGAUCCUGCGCCAGCAAGCGUAUCACGCUUCCGCUUCGCGCCAUCUCAGUACCAGCCGACGGUCAUAUAUGCAACAUCUCGCCUUCCCAGCAUCCAAACUCCUCAUUCGUACGCAUACAUCCAGGGACCGGUGCAAUCACCCAAUCAAUCACUCACUUCCUUACGGCCCACCCACCACAUAAACCACCCCCGGGCCGGGGCCUGGCAGGGUUGAGCGCACCACUCGCCACGACGAUAGUAAUGACGACGACAAUCUGACCAAUGCUUUGAACCGGAAGAACCGCAUCUCGCUGCUCUGAUAACCCAGCCACUGCACGCGACUGAUCUCGAGUAACGUGCUCAGACGUCGCUGGCCGUGCCAAGAAGUGGGGACGCCCCUUCGCGGCACGGCGGCAAUCUGGCCGUAGCGGGGCUGACGGGCCUUUGCUGCGGUGCAGAGGGUUAGAUGAUGAGUGCGGCUGUGUGCUCCAUGGUGCGAGCUUGGGAGGGGAGUCUUCGUCUGUCUGUCGUCCGCGCGGAAAUCAACCACUGCUGUCUCGUCUCGGUCUCGGUCUCGGUCUCUCUGUGAUCUCUCUUGGAUUUGGAUCUGCUUCAUCUUGGAUUUGCACGAGUCUCUCCCUCUCUCAUAGAUUCGCUCUGUAGAUCAGAGCUGUGCUCCAUAUAUUGCUUCAUAUAGAAUGGAUUUUCGUCUCUGUCUGGUUCUGGAAGUAGUUGCAGGCCAUAGCCCUGUAGUAUGCGGACCUCGCGCCACGCAAGUGUCGAGAUCCGCUAGUGACAUGAGCAAAUGGACUAGAUCGCCCUGCAUAACUGAAAGAUGGAGAGAUGCAAUCGGCUGCAUCCAACGAUCAUCCCCUACAGGUGGACACCGGGUCCGAAAAAUCUUGUCCAAGCGCAUACCGAGUACUCGAGAAUCAUUCAGAUACUGGCAAGCAACUGCGAUCAAGUAGAACGCACCUCUCACGAGCACAUCGUGCUAUGAGAUUUCCAUUUUGUCGUCCUCGUCACCUUCGUCCUCCUCUGAGUCUUCAUCCCCGCUGCCAGGCCGCAGCGCAGUCUUGAUUCCGUUCAAGACGCUCUUCGCUGCUACCAGCGCCAGACUUCUGGCCUGUGCCAGCUCGUCCUCGUCGAACAGCCCCUCCGGCGACACCGAGCGCCAAUUGGACCACACGCAUCUCGGCACGUCCGGCUCGCCUCCGAACGCGAACGCGAAGCACCCGCUGGCGUCAAGCGGACCCUCAUCCUCGCUGGGGUCAACGACGAGCGCUGCGCGGGUCUUUCCCACGGCCACUGCGCAGACGACGGCUUUCAUCGGCACGGACCCGGCGUUGAGCAGCGCGACGGUGCUGGCGUUGAUCAUCGCCGCGACGAGCGCGUCGGGGGUGUUCUUCGCGGGGCUGCGCACGGGGCUGAGCGCCUGAACGACGAGCUGGAUGAGCGUGCGGGGGUGCUGCGAGAGGAUGAGCGACGGGAGGAGCGCGGCGCGGAUGGCGGCGGCGAGGGAUUUGCUUUGCGUGUUCGGCACGUUGGAGAGCGGGCGGAGGAGAACUUCAAACGUCGCUAGAGACGGGUUCUCAGCUGCGAGCCGGACUUCGACGGGCCCCGAGAUCGAGGCGAGCGCGACGGUGGAUUUGCCUUGCAAACGUAGGGGUUAUUUUUCAUCGCGGACGAGAGAGUGGGGACGAGGGAGGUACCGAAGCUGAAUCUGGCAGAGCCGUCUACUCGUGCGAGUCGAUCCAGAGAUAUUUUCAUGCUUCGAAGGGUUGCAGGAUCUCCGCUAGGACCGCGACGCGAUGUGUCCUCCAUGAGGAAAAGACGGCACGAUCAAUAGUGCACCGCCACCAUCGCUGGAUUCCCUGGGUUAGCCUGGCGACCGUCCCUCACGACCACUCCUCCCGAGCCUCCGAAGCCGGCCCGCUCUGAAGACCGCCAUGAUACGUUCGAAAGUGGAGUCUGAAACGCAUGUUCGAGAUGUGCAAUUGAUCUCCAGGCUGAUUAGCAAGUGUGAAUCCCGGAUCCAGACGUGCCCGGGCGGCGGGCACGCUGCGGCUGCCGUAUCGCCCCGGGCGGUCAUUGCGAACUCCCAGCAUUUAAAGAUGCACGAACAUACUUGGGAAUGCGACCCUGCUACGCACAGAGGAGCCUCAAAUUUCAAUCAAUGCGCUGUAUGAACCGCGAGCCGUCAUGACAACCUGAUAUCUUCUCGCGUGGCCAUACUUGGACGGGAAAACAAAAAUCCAAAAAGCUCCGAGCGUACUUAAGGCGGCUUGUCUCGAGAACAGAGCCGCAACUUCCUCUCUCUUCCGCUCCUUUGUUUUGCUAGGCAAGACGGGUCUUGUCGUGUGUUUUUCUCUGCCGGUCUUCAGUCUUUCCACCUACACUCUUUUUUCGCUGCUGUGCAUCACUCUCUGACACCAUGUUUUGGUACAAGAACCUUGUCAUCGCCACUAUCGCCUCUUCAGCAUUGGCCGGCCCCAUCCGUCGCAAUGUGUUCCUGCAAGAGCGAGAUAUCACCACCACCUUCUGUGCUACAACAACAGUUCCUGUCAUGACUGUCACGUCCACCGUCACCUCGACCUCGACAUCGACACACGUUGUCACCGCCACGGUCUCCUCCGCGGACGCCGCCGCGACCACGGCUGUCGACGUUGUGAGCACCACCGAGCCCUGUGUCGGUACUGUGACAGUAACGGCUACCGACUCCGCUGCUGCGGCUGCUACGGACUCCGCCGCUGCUUCUGCGACCGACUCUGCUGCUGCUGCUGCCACCACCGCUGCUGCUGCCAACAACGCCGCCGCCGCGACGUCGACUGAUCCCUGCCCUCCUGAUGUCACGGUCACGGUCACCGGUGCUGCCGCUGCUGCCUCGGCUACCGAUGCUUCGUCGGCGGUGGCUACUGAUGCUGCUUCGGCGUCUGCUACCGAUGCUGCUUCGGCGUCAGCCACUGACGCGGCCGCCGCUUCAACGGCUGCUGCUGCUGCAUCCACCGGUGCCUCCGCUGCCAUUGGCAACUUCGGCUCUUGCUCUGUUCCCCAGAUCAAGUUCGCCACCGGACUUGAUGGCCGCAGGGAGACCGCUUUCGCGCCGGUCGACCAGAAGUCUUACAACCACGGAUCUGCAGACAACAUCGGCGUCGUGACAUCGUUCAUCUGUCUCGCUUUGACUAACAGCUGUGGUGCUGACGCCACGGCCAAGGCCACCUGCGCCAAGGCCCAGGCCCUCGCCGCCGCUCAGACUCCCUUGGUCGGUAUUGGUGCGGAUGCUUUCAACUCUGUAUUCGGCAUCACCACCAACUUCAACAACGUCUCUGCCGUCAGCAACACCGGCACCCCCGUCGCCGGUACUACCGGGCUCAGCCUUGCAGCAUGAGCGGUGAAGUCAAGAUACAAAAUGGUCCGACAUGUAGCACUAUCACGAACACCCUGGGGUGUUCCUUUUCCUUUUGCCCCCCCCUUUUCUCACGGUUCGACUGAAGAGCCUAGACCGGUAUACUGUAGCUACACACACACAUUGUCACCACCACCCUGAUACCUAGCAAUUCAUCUCGUCGGAUACCCAACCUUUC